AUGAGGAGGGCCGGGCUGGGUAAGUGGGGCGCAGUUGGGGAGCGGGGCCUAGGCGGCCUCUGGGGGAGAGAGGCCUGUUGCCUAGCAACCCCGCCUGAUUGCUAGGGACUAGCAUCCCCUUCUCCAGAAGGGUCUUCAGGCUAACUCUUCCUUUUGCUGCGAAGGCAGUGUUUUCCUCCCGGGGGAAGAGCUUGGGGUGCGGGGGGAGUUAGGGGUCCCAUCAACACCUGGCGGGGGGGGGGACAGGUUACCUCUCCCUGGAAAGCGUCCCCUGCUCUUUGCACGGAGCUACUGAGCCCCGCAGGGCUUACUCCCGAGUAAGUGUGCCUGCAUGGAAUGGGCAGCCCUGACGAGAGGAGACGUGUUGUAACUUACUCCUUCCUUACUCCUUGGUGUUGUCUGCUUCCGUCGGGGGUUGGGCUUGUAAGCUCAACAUCUCUGCAGUUGUUAUCAGAACCCGCUGCAUGUUUUUGCUUAGGCACCGGAGCCUUGUAAACCUGAGUGGUGGAUCUCUACGGUGCCACCUGUUUCCUGUGAUUCAUGUUGUGCUUUCAUUGAUGGGAGAAUUUGUACUUCAGUUUCACUUUUUGAACCGAGAUUCGAGUUCACCGGCAGUGAUAAGUAAUCUAACGUUCUGUGAUUGGGAAGUAACUGUCCCUACUUAGUGAAAUUUAAAUAAAAAUAUUCCCCCACCCCAGGAUCAGAAGCUUCAUGCUUCUGAAUACCAUUUGCUGGACUUCCCACGGGCAUCUGGUUAGUUGCUAAUAGUAAUAUGAGUAAUAACACAUAUAUUCUACCUUUACUUCAAGGAGCACAAGGUGGUCACAUGGUUCUCCCCACCCUCCAUUUUAUCCUCAAAACAACCUUGUGAAGUAGGUUAGACUGAGAGUCCAUGACUGGUCCAGGGUCAUCCAGUGAGCUUCACAGCUGACUGGCAAUUUGAGUGUCCUAGUUUGACACUCUAAUCAUUACACACUGGUUCCCAGGAUACCAAAUUAGACAGACUUUUGCCAGUGUGGAACCGAAUAGCAUUUAUUGCAUUAGUACAUAGACCACAGCAGAAGUUUUCCUUUGUAAUCAAUAAGAAAGUAUGGAGAAGGAUGCCUUUGAACAAGGAGUUUUAUUCAACUUCUUUGGGUGGGUGAAUCCAUAUUUUGUACUAUUUUCCCCAAAACUUUUUGGUGCGAUUGUUUCCAACAAUACAACUGUUCUCUUUCUAGCCAGUGGGGUGAGAUGCCAUCCCACUUCUUUUGACACAGACUUAAUAGUGUCUGUCUUGGCCAUUCCUCUUCCUUUUUUCUCUUACAUUGGGCACUGGUUUCAAUAUGAACUGGCAGUGUCCAAAUCUUUGUCACAGAAAUCCUUUCAACUAGUAGUUCCAAUGCAGAAACGAUAAAGUUUUUUGAGAGGUGCCCACUCUAUAUGUGUCAUAGCUCAGUGGCAGAGCACACAAAAUCCCAGAUUCAGUCCCUGACUUCUCCAGGUAGAACUCGAAAAGACUUCUGUCUGAAACCCUGGAAGGCCACGGCCAAUCACUGUACUGUAAUUUACUGAACUAAAAGGACCAAUGGACUGACUCUGGAUAAGACCCCUUUCAUUGUUUCCAGGUCUAGUAGCAGUACUAUGAAAACAGCAGCAUUUCCCAUACGGAUGCUACAUAUGCAGCCUAGUCUUCAUCAGGUUAAUCAUGUCCCACUGAGUGUUGUGAAAUUUUCUCCCUAGCAGUGAGUUCUGUGAAACAAACUCCCACUCUUUGACCUGCGACCCUUUGUGAUAUUUUUCCGUUUGUCAGCAGCUCUUUGGUGGGUGAAUGCUAAUUUUCAUGGAUAAGACAGAAAAUACCAUUUACUGUUACGAUGGUAAUGUCACGUAAUGGGCAGUGAACCCGCCUAAUUUGAACAGCAAACUAAUGGAUAGCUAGGGUAUUUGGCAAACUUAGUCCCUGUGGAAUAAUUAGGGACUUGCAGAGUUGCCUGCACAGUAAUUUGGGUAUAACAAAUUCGGCACGAUGAGGUGUUUUCUUCGCUCUCUUGUCUCCUCUUUACAUCUUUCUUCCAUAUUUGGAUUGAUUUGUCAAAAAAAUUUCUCUUUGCAGUGCAGAAACAAUUUGUUUCAGGUGUGGGGAACCUGUGGCUCAGGGCCCAGUUGCAGCUCUCUAGGCCUAUCUCUCCAGGUUACACCACCUUGUUAACUACAUCCCUCACCAUCCCUACUUUGCACCUUCAUUAAGUGUUUUGACUUGGUUGGAAUGUAUCUUUGAACUUUGAUAAUGCCUCUUGCUUGCCUGGAAGGGAGGAGAGAUAGUGGUGUGUGUGAGGAAAACCAGUCUACUGUACAAAGGUAAAAUUUACCUUAGUUGUUCCACUCACCUUUGCCUCUGAUCCUGCCUACCACUGAUGUGUGGUGUCAGAAGGUUGUCCAGAAGAGAGUGCGGCCCUUAGGCCAAUGAAAAUGGUUCCCCAUCCCUUAUUUAUUUAUUUAUUUAUUAUUACAUUUAUAUUCCACCUUGCCUCUAAGGAGCUCAAGAGACAAAGGCUGGCCCAGGGUCACAGAGUGAGCUUCAUGACUGAGUGUGAAUUUGAACCUUGGACUCUCAGGUCCUAGUCCAGCAUUCCCACAUCUGGGCAUCACAAAGUUAAACAGCUGUCGUCUUGGCUUACCAGCAUGGUUCCUUGUUUGAGUGUAAUGCUAAGCUAGGGAUUCUGAGAAAACAUUCCACAUGUAUCACAGCUAUGUAGACCCCCAACUGAGCCAGACCCCUUAUAUUUAGGUAGAAGAACUCUGAAGAGGGUUUCUGCUCUCAAAAUAGUCAUAUGGGAAAAGAUGGUCCUUAAGCUACACAGGUCCCAAUCUGUUUCAGAUGUGAUUACCAGCACUUUGAAGUAUGCCCAGAGAUGGACUGGCAGUCUGUGCAGACCUGGCAAAAUAUGAUCCCUCUGGGCUGUCUCAGACUACCAGCAGCGUAACCCAUUGAAGUUUCUGGCAAGUCUUCAAAGGCAGCUCCCCAUACAGCAUAUUGCAGUAGUCUAAUAAACAUGUUAUCAGGACAUGGAUAACUGUGGCCAGGCUCUCUAUCCAGGAGCAGUUGCAACUAGCUUCCACUGACUGUGCAAGGUCUAUCAGGACCACCAGGCUACAAACUUGCUCCAUGUGAAGAGUGCAGCCUCAUCAAGAGCAGGUUCAAUCUCACCUCCAUUCCCAAAUAGAUGGAAACUGAGGAAUCUUACCUGUUUAUUAGCCCUCAUCCAGUCCAUUACAGCUUCGAAGCCCUAAUUCAGCACUUCUACUGCCUCACCUGACUGAUGAGAAAGAUAAGUCGAGCUGAGUUUCAUCAGUGUACUGAUGACCUCAUUCCAAAUCUCAUUGAGUUCUCCAUGGAACAAAGGAGGGGGUGGUUUCUUUCCUCUUUGCUGGACUGUCUUAUGAGGCAUUAGUAGCACCUCACUGAUAUUGCUGCUUUUUUAAUCACACAGAACUCGUGUGAGGAUAUUUUCUUUGCUUUCAUGUUGUUUUCUCUUGGGAUCUUUGUGGUAGGAGUGUGGGGCAGGGACACUUGCUUCUGGUGAUCAGGUGUGUGGAUGUUUGAAUAUUGCAAUUGUGAAAUUGCUAAGUGUGUAAUAGAAAUGUCAUCGGUGGAUUCAAGAAACAUUCUUGUGGGAGAGAUGCAGUUUUGAGUCAUUGUCUGAAAGUGACAGCUGAGAUUCUAGAAGAAUCUGACUGGUUUGUAUGUUGCGUCAGUCAUAAAACAGAAAACAUCUGGGUUAAGACAUCCCUAGGGUGUGAUACGUAACUGAACUUUGACUGAGUAAUUAUUUGAUACGCAGCUUCCUAAGAAAAGUCAGUGAGCUGGUCUACAAGUUACAUAAUGAGUAUCUCUGAUAUCUUUCGUUCUAGCCACUUGUAAAUAUUGUUCCAGCUAAACUCUGUGCAUGGAAAUCUCACAGGAAAAUUAAUACACACACACAAAUAAAACAAAACUCAUUAUUUCACUUUUGUUAUUGGGGGUCAAAUAGUCUUUCAGGCCAUAAAGUUUUCAGUAAACUGGCAGAGUGUAAAGCAUCUGUAAUUAAUUUUGGCACUCCCACUUGGAGUGGGAUAGGCUUACAGGCUUAUAAACUAUGCAAUUAUAAAUUUUACAAUUCUAAACAUUGGAUUUUGUGUUUAUUUAUUGUUCUGACUGAUUUGUUUGUUUGUUUUUAUGUGGGAAGAAUAAUGCAGAUCAACCAAAAGGAACGUUUGAGCUAACGAUCAUGUAGGCGACAAAAUGCAGUCUUCUGCAAUGUUUACAUUCGGUGGACUGAUAUAACACUUGCAGUUACAUCACUUGUGGUCUUUGUUGCACAGUCAUUGCUCUUUAAUGCAGAAAAAAAGUCAAAAGUACUUGCUAUCAUUUUGCCUGACAGGUUUUUUGUGUGUGUGGUAUCUUUGUUUUUGGAAAAGACAGAAUCUCAUUAACCAAUCUGUUGAAAGUUGUGGUAAUGUCCGCUUCCGAAAGUCUCCUUAAAGUGGUGGACUACAGAUUGAAGCACUGAUUAAAAUUGGAAAUAAAUUAAAGCCAGUUAAAAUUGCCAAUAAUUAUUCUAAACAGUACAUGUUGUAUUUUCAGUUUAUUUGGCUACACCAUGGAUUUUCUUUCAGAUGUGCACAUAACAGCUUGUGUGUUGACUAGUGCAGCUUGUACUUUCAUUGUGUUGAAAAGGCGUUCCUUGCUCAUUCUAGUCUGGUGACUCCUAUCACUUGCAUGUUCGGAGACUUGAAUGUAUGCAGCAGAGCUUCCAAUUUUGUUUCCAAGUAUCUCUGCCAUGCCAUAUUGAAGGCACUGAAGAGCGUUACAAACAGUAUAUCCUUAAAUUGUGACGGCUGGGGUGAGGAAUCUGGGGCCAACACAUUGUUGGACUUCAGUUCCCAGCACCCAGCCAGCAUGGCCAGUGGUCAAGAAUGAUGGGAGUUGCAGUCCAGCAAGAGAUCCACUAAUGGCCUUGUUUUUGCAUUUGUGUGACACAGCAUGAAGCAACUGCUCUGUGUGUGUGUGUGUGUGUGUGAGUGUGCGCGCGCGCGCAUGUAUGAAAUAUUUACAGCAUGGAUUUGGGGUUUCUUUUAACACUUAAAAUCUAUGCUGUAAAAAUGGAUAUUGUUACAUGUAUCUCUGGCUGUAUCCAUGGCUGUCCACUAAUUGUUGUAGUGUAGUAAAUUAUCUUUUGAGCCAUCUGGUAGCAUUUGAAUGUACAUGAGGAAUUCAUUCAGAUAUGAGUCUCUGUUCAAGUAUAAUCAAGAUGGUGCAACAGGAGAUGAUUCAGCAAGGCAUUAGCAUUUUGGAAGGUGAAAGAAAGAACAGUGAUGGACCUGGAUGUUUGUCAGGAUGAAAGUUGUGGGAAUGGGAGGUGGUUCUGGACUGUUCAAUCAUUUUUGAAUGAUAUACACUUCUGGAUCCAAAGGUUCCCUUUGGUUUGGAAAUCAUGCAAAAAAGUUUUGUGGGAGGCAUUUGGUGGAGUAGGUACAUUUGUUUGUGUUCCCUUCAUCUCCUUUCUUCAUACACUUUGGGUCUUCAUCUUAUGUAAUACCAAAGCCUGCCUCAAUCUCUUUAGACAGGUGUAAUAAAAGGAAAUUGCUCUUCCCCCUCUAGAAAUUCUGUUUGUUUUGUUUUUUGCUCUAUUUCUGGGGUCUAAACUGAUGUCCUUCUCAGGUGAAGGAGCUGCUGGCGGCAAUUAUGGCUACAGCAACAGUGGGUACAGUGUAUUUGAGGAAGAAAAUGAGAAGUUAACGGAAAGUUUGCGUUCAAAAGUCACUACCAUAAAAUCAGUAAGUAUAUUAUUAUAGAAGCAUUAAAAUUGAUGGCAGUACAUAAUGCUUGCUCAAUCAGGGUAAUAGCAAUAUAGUCGCAAAAACCGAGACAGCUUAAUUGAAUUUGGGCAAAAUAUUGCCCAUCAGAAGGCCUAGUGGACUCAUUCGUGGAACAAAUUUUCUGUCUAAUUGGAUUUGAGCUCCUGCUGACCUUUCUGGCUAAUCAAGAUAUUAGUUACAGGUUGGGAAAGCAGAAGCUCUGCUUAUUUGGCACACCGUGACUAAGGGUUGCACUCCCAAAGGACUUAUAAGUCAGCAAGGUCAGUUAACAGACCUACCAGUAAACCAUCAGGCUAAAUUAUUCCUAUUCCAAUGGAAUAAACAUAGCUAAAUGGGUUGUGUCAAAGCAAGACAAUUCUCACCCCCAUCAGCCUAUGUUAUUUGAACCGCAGUGUGUCAUGUGAGAGCAAGGGUGCUGCAGAUAAAGUACAGUAAAUCUAAUUUGAUUGGGCAUUGUACACUGAAGGGAAGGUAACUGUGCUCUACUGCAGGCUUCCCCAACCUGGUGCCCUCCAUAUGUUGUUGGACUACCAUACCCAUCAGGGAACCAGGCUGUAGAAGGCUGCACUAUAGCACAUCUCUUAUAGCAUAAAUAUGGAGGUGGUUUAAAAUACUCAAGUAGAAUGAAAACAAAAACUGGGGUAUGUUAAAUAACUUGAAGCAUCUCAUAUCAAGAAAUAAAGAAAUUUGAACAAAAGAUUUGUAACAUGACACUACAAAAUGUCAAUACUUGGCUUUAGUUGCUGUUAGUUUGAGAGAAGUUUUAUACAGUAUCUGAAAACCAUAGACUAGAAUUUACUAUUAUCUUUUAGAAUAUUUUUAGAGUUGCCUGUAUCUUGGAUCUUUAAGAUGAUUCCAGAAAGCAUAUUAGCUACGUUUGAUCUUUCCCAAAGAAACUUAGUUUUGCAUGAUGUAAUCCAGUUAGCAGUAUGGGAUCACAAUCUUCUUUUUCCUCAUAGCUUUCCAUUGAAAUUGGAUCAGAAGUUAAACAGCAAAAUAAAAUGCUAGCUGAAAUGGUAUGUAUAUGAAAGUACUCAGUUCCUUUAGAUGAAUUUAGAAUUUGUUUAACUCUCUGACUGAUAAAUUUAGUUCUUUCUGAAAUGUAUCAGUAUAUGAUUUGUUGGGUUUUUAUUUUUUUAAACAACCUGUAAUUUUGAAUUAUACUAGUAGAUGUGCUUUUAUUUCCAGAAAUAAAAUUUCUAGGUAUCAAUUUUUCAAACAUUUUCAUAUGUUUACUUAAAUUAUUUUGAGAUUUCUCUAUAGAAUUUGCAUCAACGUCAAAAUAUGCUUAUAAAUUUUGUGGUGUGCCUGGCCAUAGUUUUCUUAAUUAAAAAAGAAAAAGCGCUCUUUUCUGGUCAGAACUACACAUGCAGAAUCUGGCUUUCCCCACCUGGAUGGUGAACCAUGUUGUCAAUUGGUGCCCUUCCCAUUCCAAUUUCAUAGGUGAAGCUGAGCUUGGGGAACCGUUUCUAAAAAGGUAAAAAAUUAAUUGCUCAUCUGUUUGGGAGGAAGAGCUAGAGUCAGACUCCCCCCCCUUAAACAGAUGAUUGGAAGGAGUUUAACUUUGGAAAGUGGCUUUGCAAGCAGAGUCUCUAAAAGUCCCUUUGCACACAUGCUGCUUUUGGAUCAUGGCAAAGCUGUUUAUUUAUCACAUUUAUAUUCCACCUUUCCUCUAAGGAGCUCAAGACCGUUUGCAUGGUUGUCUUUCUGCCCCCACCCCCAAAUUCUCACAGCAACUCUGAGGUGCCAUUCUUUGCAAGUUUAGUGUUGCAAAUUAAAAUUAGACUAAUUUCCUACUUUGUUACUACAGGACAAUGAAUUUGAUACAACAAGUGGAUUUCUUGGUGCCACGAUGGGUAGACUGAAAACACUCUCCAGAGGAAGCCAAACAAAACUCUUAUGCUACAUGAUGCUGUUCUCACUGUUCGUUUUUUUUGUAAUUUACUGGAUUAUUAAAUUGAGGUGA